AUGCUUAGGAACAGAGAUCCACUGGCCCCUUCAAACAUUACUGAUGAGCAGCUACGGGCUAUUCAUCGACAUCCUGGAAUUCUGGAACCCAGGCGAGAGAAACGGGAGUUAAAGGAAGAAAUGCGAUCCCUGGCUGGCACCAUUCAGAACGCUCGAAAUCAUUUCCCUGACCUCUAUCAGAGGAAUGACGAAAUCAGCAGGAAGCUCACCAAGUUAAGGAAUGCCCUACGAGAUAAUACUCGGCAGACUGCCAGAAAAGAUUAUUUCCAUACGGCACCCGUACUAGAAAUCGACAGACAAAUCCAGCAACUCUUGGGUAAAUUUGGCGCAGAAAAUUGUGAUGCUGACAGUACCAAGGAUGGCGAUGAAGAUUGGCAGCCUCCCAUCCCGGAUUACGUUUUUCCUGAAAGAGCUCGUCCAGUGGAGUCAUUCUACGGUCUGGAGGGGGAGUGUUUUGACGAGGAUAGACUACUUGCAAAACGUAUCCAAGUUACUGAGGACUUGGAUGGGGACGAUGAGCAGAGCGAGACAUCUCAGGGAAAAGAAGCCUUCCUGUCAGAAGAGAAGUCCCUGGAGAGCCCCACGGAUGUAUGUAUUAUCUGUUGCGGUAUAUCCCGCCGCUUACCUUCUAAUCCCCAUCCACACAAUUUUCCAUCAAAAAGGAAGGAUUCUCUCCGUCGUCAUCUGAUCGGUCACCUUAUGAACGCACACGACGGAGUACGCUGCACCUGGGAAACUUGCAGCAAACUCCCUACUUUCAUCGAUAUUGCUGAAUUUUUAGCACAUGCCGCCAAUAUUCAUCACUAUGACCUCCAUAUCAAGCUGGAACGUAUUCCCAAGAGACGAAAGCCGUCUCGGGAUGAAACACCGUCUUUCAGCAGCUCCAGCAUGUCGUUAAGGUCGAGCCGAUCGGCCACUGAGACUCCCGCUUCCUCCGGUGAUAUUGAAAUAGGGAAGAUUCACCCACGUUUACUUGCAGCCUCGAAUACCAAAUACAAUGAGACCUGCCGUCAGUCCCAACGAUUGAACCCUCAUUGAUAGUACAACGCAAUUUUGUUUAUAGUUUGUAGGUAGAUUUCGAAGCUUCUCAUGUGCCGAAGGCUGGU